AUGACCGAAGCGACGGCCUUCGCCCGGUUCCUCCCGGGGCUGCGCAGCGCGAACGCGACGACGCGGACCAAGACGGCGCGGACGCUCUGCCUGUACCUCGAGUCCGAGGCGCGGGACCUGCCCAUGGCCGAGUACGCGACGACGGUCUCGGCCAUCAGCGGUCGCAUCAUCGAGAUGAUCCUCGGGUCCGACCUCGCCGAGCGCACCGGGGGCAUCGUGGCCAUGGACAACCUCGUUGACCUCUUCAUUGCUGACAACCAAGACUCGCGCAUCUCGGAGUUUGCGCACGCGCUCAUCAAGGUGUUUGAGAAGACGGCCAACACGGAGAUCCCAACGCUCAAGGCCGGCGGGAAGGCGCUCGGCCACCUCGUCUCAUCCGGCGGUACGUCGCUCAUCGAGUUCAUCGAAGAGUACCACAUGAAGCCCGCGCUUUCUUGGCUCGAGAAGGAGAGCUUCCAGGUCCGGCGCCAGGCCGCGGUCAUCAUCAUGCGCGAGCUCGCCAUCAACGCGCCCGCGAUCCUCUUCCGGCACAUUGACACGUUCUUUGACGUCAUUUGGAACGCGUUCGGCGACAGCAAGCAGCCGACGCGCGAAGGCGCGGCCGACGCGCUCCAGGCCUGCUUUGCGCUCCUCCAAGCCCGCGACUCGAACCGCAAGAACAUGUGGUACGUGCGGACGCUUGAAGAGGUGCAGCGGGGCCUCCAGCGCGGGACGCCCGAGUCGAUCCACGGCGCUCUCCUCAUCUUAAACGAGCUCCUGCGGAACAGCGGCGACUUCAUGUACCCGCACUACGUCCGCCAAGUCCGCGACGUGCUCAGCCUGCGGGACCACCGGUCGUCGACGGUCCGGCGCGCGGUCAUCAACCUCCUCCCGCGUCUCGCCAAGUUCAACGCGUCGACGUUCCUCGAGAUGUUUUACCGGCCGAGCAUGAGCUACCUCCUUGAGGUCGCGAGCAUGAACAACCCGCCGGCCGUCACGCGCGGUGACGCGCUCCUGUCGAUCGGGAAGCUCUCGCUUGCGAUUGGGUCACCGCUCGGCCGGGACGAGCGCACGCUCGACAUGAUUACGCACUGCAUCAAGCUCGGGCUCCUCAAGAAGAAGGACAAGAAGGACGGCGACACGCAGCGCGAGGCGCUCAACUGCCUCCGCAUGCUCGCCGACGCGAUCGGCGCGGGCUUGAGCAGGAUCAACUUGGAGGCGACGAUCCAAAGCGUCUUCCAGUGCGAGCUCGACAAGGGCAUGAUCGAUACGCUCACAACGCUCAUGAAGCGCCUGCCCAACCAGCGCAUGCUCAUUCAGAACUCGCUCUUCAAGCAGCUCAUGAAGCUCCUCGAGCUCAAGCCGUCCGAGUCGGCGCUCACGUCGGCGUCGCCGUCGCGCCACCGCAGCAAGACGUACACCAACUUGACCACGUCUAGUGGCUCCAAGACCAGUGUUCUCAACAUCCUCUCGAGCGCGAUCCAGACGGGCAAGCUCGACUACUCGCCGUCGUCACCAGCGCUCGCCGUCGACGCGCCCAACAUCAUUGGCAUGCAGAUUCUGGCGCUUGAGACGCUCGCAACCUUUGACUUUGGCGGCAACCGCCACAUCCCGAUCGUCCAGCGCGUCCACUCGCACGUCGUUCGGUUCUUAGACCACGACAUUGCCAGCGUCCGCAAGAGCGCGGCGAUCACUUGCUGCAAGCUCGUAUUGCCGGCCGGCGAAGAAGCGACAGCGCUCAAGAGUGACGUGGCCGGGCCCGUGAGCACGGUGCUGCAGAAGCUGCUCACGGUGGGCAUUGCCGACACGGAGGCCGACAUUCGCUCCAAGGUGCUCGCGUCAUUAGACCCGCGCUUUGACGCGCUGCUUGGACAGCCCGACAACCUCCGGUGCCUCUUCAUCGCGCUCAACGACGAGGUCGUCGACAUUCGGCAGACGGCCAUGACGAUCCUCGGUCGGCUCACGCACCGCAACCCGUCCGCGGUCAUGCCGUCACUGCGUCAGACGCUCGUACAGCUCCUCGCCGAGAUUGAGUUCAGCGGCGACGCGCGGGUCAAGGACGAAGGCGCGUUGCUGCUCGGUCACUUUUUGCGCUCGGCAACGACACUCGCCAAGCCGUACGUGCUGCCGACGCUCAAGGUCCUCAUGAAGAAUUUGCGCCAAGAAGCGAGCACGGACGGUCGCAUCCAGCUCAACAAGGCGGUCGUCGCCACGCUGGGCGACCUCGCGGUCGUCGGCCAAGACGCGCUGAUCCCGUACCUGCCGCAGCUCAUUCCAGAGCUCGUCGACGAGAUGAGAGAGAUCAAGAGCAGCACGGCCAAUGUCGGCAAGAUGGUCGUCGUCGUGCGCACGCUCGGGCUCCUCAUCGGCAGCACGGGCUACGUCACGCGGCCGUACCACGACUACCCCGACCUGCUCGAAGGACUCUCGGCCGCGCUCCAGAAGAGCGGCGAUGCCAACGUGCUCUUGCGCAUCGAAGCCGGCCGCACGCUCGGUAUCAUUGGCGCGUUGGAUCCGUACAGCUUCAAGCUCUUCCAGCUCGAAAAGCAAGGCCGAAUGGGCUCGGGUCUGCUUGCGACCAAGCAAGUCGAGCAGCUAAAAGCCAACCAAGUGAUCCCGGACGACCCAACGUGGGCGGGCUUGCUCCUCGGCAACGAAAACGGCGUCGAGCAGCUCGUGAUCAAGCGGCUCGUGGCCGACCCGCUCUCGUCGAUCGUCAAGCACGAGAUCAAGUGCGUGCCGGCCGAGGACUUGCUGCCGUCGCUCAUGAUUGGCGAAGCGCAAAAUUACUUCCCCGCGGUCGCCAUCAACGCGCUCAUUCGCAUCCUCUCGGAGCCGCGCAACGCGAGCCAUUACCAAGGCACGAUACUGGCCAUCAUGUACAUCUGCAAGAACCUCGGCAAGAAGAUGGAGCCACACCUCGACAAGAUCAUCCCUGCGUUCCUCUACGCGCUCGAGCACGUGACGCCCGACUUGCGCAUCUUUGUGUUUGACCAGCUCUCGACACUCGUGCGGCAAAUGGAAGAAAAGGUCAAGCCGCAUUUGGACAACGUGGCGAUGGCGUGGAUCAUCCAGCAGUUUUGGGACUCGCAUCUGCCGCAGGUGCUGGGACUGGUCAACGAAGUCAUCAACUCGCUCGGCGAGGACUUUGGCGUGUACCUCCCGGACCUUGUGCCGGAGCUGCUUCGCGUCAUUCGCACCGAGCGCGAGGCAUCGAACCGUCCGCAGACGCAGCUCGUCAUGCGGACGCUCAUCAGUCUCGGGCGGCUCCUCGACGGGUACCUGCACCUCGUCAUCCCCGUGCUCGUCAAGCUCAUCCAGAGCAACGCGGACUUUUUGCCGCGCCGCCAAGCUUUAGGGACGCUGGUGACGCUGGUCAAGAAGCUCAACGUGUCGGUGUUUGCAUCGAAAAUCAUCCACAUGCUGGCGCGCGUCAUUGCGAGCGGCCACCCGGAGCUCGUGUACCUCGCCAUGGACUGUCUCUGCGCCAUGGUGUACACGAUGGGCGACGACUACGCCGUCUUCAUCCCGGUGAUCAACCAAGUGCUGCAUCGGCACCCGACGCAGGGCGACGUGUUUGACAAGUACGACCUCCUCGUGUCCAAAGUGCUCAAGUACCAGCCGCUACCGGCCGUCGCAUGGGGCACUGACACGCUCAAGCGCGAGCACGCGUCGUCGCUCAACACGGACUCGCUCGACGAGUUCAAGCCGCUGCCGAUCAACCAAGUCGGGCUCUCGAAAGCGUGGGAGACGACGCAGAAGAGCACCAAGGACGACUGGCACGAGUGGAUGCGCGCGAUCUCGGUCGAGCUCCUGCGCGAGUCGCCGUCCCUGGCGCUCCGCGCGUGCAAGGAGCUUGCGUCCGUGUACCAGCCGCUCGCACGGGAGCUCUUCAAUGCGUCGUUCGUGUCGCUCUGGCCCAACCUCAACACGCACACACAAGACAACUUGAUUCGCGCGCUAGAGACGGUGCUGCAGGCGCCCAACCUCCCGUCCGAGAUCCUCCAGACCUUGUUGAAUCUGGCCGAGUUUAUGGAGCACGACGACCAGCGGCUGCCCAUCGACAUCAUGUUGCUCGGGUCGCUCGCCGAAAAGUGUCAUUCGUUUGCCAAGGCGCUGCACUACAAGGAGCAAGAGUUCAACGCGACGCCGACGGCCGCCGGCAUCGAAGCGCUCAUCUCGAUCAACAACAAGCUCAACCAAUUUGAAGCCGCGGUGGGCAUCGUCACGUACGCGCAAAUGCACUUGCCGCGUGUGCCAGUCAAAGCGAGCUGGCACGAGAAGCUCCAGCGCUGGGACGACGCGCUCGUGGCCCAUGAAGCGGUCUUGAUGACGCACCCGGAUGACGUCGAGGCGGUCUUUGGCAAGAUGCGCUGCUUGUACGCGACAGGGCAGUGGCACGCGCUCAACGACCACAUUGAAGCCAUGUGGGCGCAGGUGUAUGGCGACGGUGACAAGAGCAACGGCAACGACGACGACGGCGACGACGGCAUCGGCGACGACAACAAGCUCCUCGAUGUGCCGCCGGCGCUCAAGAAGGAGCUCUGCAGCAACGCGGCGCGGGUCGCGUUCACAUUGCAAAACUGGGACAUUGUGCCCAAGUACAUCAACUCGGACAUGGACGACACCGAGUCGCACCUCUUCCGCGCUGUGACGUGCAUCCGCUCCAACGAGCUGGACGAGGCCAAGCUCGCGAUUGAAGAGUGCCGGCACACGAUGGACCCGACGAUUCGGUCGUUCAUCAGCGAGAGCUAUGCGCGCGCCUACAUGCCGUGCGUUGUCAACCUCCAGAACCUCGCCGAACUCGAAGAGAUCAUUGCGCAUCUGCAGCGCGGCGCGUCGCUGACCAAGCCGAUGCUCGCCAACAGCAGUCGCCCGGUGCGCGACAGCUUUUUGCAAAACCAUUUGACGCGCGAGAGCUUUGUCGAAGUGCUGCCGCGCAUGACGCCCCAAGCCCUUCUGCAUGCACAGCAAGACGACCUCUCCCGACUGCAAAAGAUCUGGACGGCCCGCCUCCUCGGUGUGGACCGUGACAUCAAGGUCUGGCAACACGUCAUGCUCGUGCGGUCGCUCAUUCUCGAGCCGAAAGACGACGUUGACGUGUGGCUCAAGUACGCGCGCCUCUGUCGCAAGUCGGGGCACCUCAACUUGGCCGCGUCGGCGCUCGCGAGCGUCGGCGCAAGUGUCUUCAUGGAGUCGAUCGCGACCGACGCCAACGUUCCGAUCGUCAAUGUACACAUGCUGGAGCAAGAGACGCACAACCCGCUGCACGACCUGAUCCACGCGAUCGAGACCUUUGAUGAGCACGACGAGCUUGUGAACCUCCGCGUGCAAGCGUACACGCAGCUCGGCAAGUGGCAAGUCGCGCUCACGGAGCCCAAGAAGCACAGCGACUUGAUGUUCGACCAGGUGCUCGGGUGUCUCAACACGGCGACGCGCUUGGACCCGACCAACGGCAAGGCGUGGCACGAGUGGGCGCUCAUGAACUUUCGAGCGACCGAGUCGGCGCGCGACGACCCGAUCGCGCUGGAGAAAUACGCGUCCAGUGCGAUCGACGGGUUCUUCCGGUCGAUUUCGUUUGGCCACCGGCGCUACGACGUGACCAAGGACGUGCUGCGGCUGUUGACGCUCUGGUUCAACCACGGCGGUCGGCCAGACGUCCACGCGGCCAUGACCCAAGGCCUCGCCGAAGUCUCGAUCGACACGUGGCUUGAGUUCAUCCCGCAGCUGAUUGCGCGCCUGCACUCGCCGACGCCCAACAUGAACACGCUUUUGCACCAGCUGCUCACGCGCAUUGGCCAGCACCACCCGCAGGCGCUCAUCUACCCGAUGACCGUCGCGUCGACGAGCAUUGGCGCCAAGCGCAAGCUCGCGGCCGAGGGCAUUUUAGCUGCCGUGCGCCGCCACUCGCCGCAGCUCGUGCAAGAAGCCGAGCUCGUCUCGCGUGAGCUCAUUCGCGUCGCGAUCCUCUGGAACGAGCUCUGGCACGGCGCGCUCGAGGAAGCCUCGCGCUUGUACUUUGCGCUCCGGGACACGAAAGCGAUGCUGUCGGAACUCGCGCCGCUGCACAAGCUCCUCGAUGCGAUCGGGCAAGUCGAAGCGCCGACGCUGCGCGAAGUUGCGUUCUGCCAAGCGUUUGCGCGCGACUUGCAGCAAGCCAAGGCGUGGACCGACCGGUACGAGGGUACGGGCAACGUCGACGACCUUAGCCAGGCGUGGGACCUGUACUUUAACGUGUUCAACCGCAUCAAGAAGCAGAUGGCCAACUUGAGCAUCCUCGAGCUUGCGAACGUCGGGCCCAAGCUCCUGAGCGUCUCAAGCCUCUCGCUCGCGAUUCCUGGCACGUACAAGGCCGGCGUGCCCAUCACGCGCAUCCAAUCGUUUGGCCCGCAGCUCACGGUGCUCACGUCCAAGCAGCGGCCGCGCAAGGUUGUCAUGCACGGCAGCGACGGCAAGUCGUACACGUUCCUCCUCAAGGGCCACGAAGAUCUGCGCCAGGACGAGCGCGUCAUGCAGCUCUUUGGCCUCAUCAACACGCUGUUGGCCAACGACUCGGACACGCGGAAGCGCAAUCUCGCGAUCCAGCGCUUCUCGGUGCUGCCGCUGUCGCACUCGUCCGGUCUCAUUGGGUGGGUCGAGAACACGGACACGCUGCACAUGCUCAUCCGCGACUACCGCGAAGCGCGCAAGAUCCAGCUCAACGUCGAGUACCGGCUCAUGGUGCAGAUGGCGCCCGACUACGAGAAGCUCACGAUCGCCAACAAAGUCGAAGUCUUCCAGCACGCGAUGGGCGAGACGACGGGCCAGGACCUCUACAAGGUGCUCUGGCUCAAGAGUCAGAACUCGGAAGUAUGGCUCGACCGCCGCCGCAACUACACGCGGUCGCUGGCCGUCAUGUCGAUGGCCGGCUACAUCCUCGGGCUCGGCGACCGGCACCCGGGCAACCUCAUGCUGCACCGCGUGUCGGGCAAGAUCGUGCACAUCGAUUUCGGCGACUGCUUUGAAGUCGCGAUCGAGCGCGAAAAGUACCCGGAAAAGGUCCCUUUCCGACUCACGCGCAUGCUGUCGCAGGCCAUGGAGGUGAGUGGACUCGAGGGCACGUUCCGGUACACGUGCGAAGCGUCGAUGCGCGUGCUGCGGGAGAACCGCGACAGUCUGAUGGCGAUCCUCGAGGCGUUCGUGCACGACCCGCUGAUUACGUGGCGCCUCCUCGCGCCGCACGCCGUGCCAUCGCACGCGUACGAGACGGAGGAGGACAAGGCGUCGGGCCCCAAGCUCAUGACGGACGUGGACGAGACGGAGAAGGGCAAGCACCGCCGGUCGUCGGCCGAUUCGAUGCUCGAGUUUAUCGAAAAGCCGAAUGAGACGACGAAUUUGUCGCUCAAGAUGGCGGCGAUGGGCCGCAGCGUCUUCGCCACCAACAAGACCAACAACAGCACCAACGCGGCGGGCACGACGACUGGCGAGAACGCGACGACCAACAGCAACGACGGCGAGCUGGACGAAGGCGGCGCGCUCGCGCCCGAGCAGCUCAACGCCAAAGCCGUCAAGGUCAUUGACCGCGUGAAAAAGAAGCUCCGCGGCCGCGACUUUGAGAACCUCGGGGUCGGCCAAAAGCAGCUCAGCGUCGAGUCGCAGGUCGACCGGCUCAUUGAGCAAGCCACGUCGCCCGAAAACCUCUGCCAACUCUACUACGGCUGGUGCCCCUUUUGGUAG